AUGUGGCGGAGGAUUAGCUUGACUAUAUCUAAAACCCCCACUCUUCAAGACAAUGAAAAGCUGCGGGCAUCCGAGCAGAAUGUCUGUUUGUACAAGGGCAACCAGGGGUCCAAGUACAAGAAAGGCUGGAUAUAUCUGACCGACCACCGGCUCUGUUAUGUUGACGACGACCGGCCCGAGGACUACUCGAUUGGGCUAGACUUGAGUCAAAUUGAAUCUACAGAAUACACCGCAAAGUUUGUGCGGUCCAGCGGCAAAAUCACCCUGGCGCUACGCCAUGAUCAGGCAGUGGAGGAAGCGACAGUUGACAGCACCUGGGUAUGCCCAAUUUGCACGUUUUCUAACCAAUUGUCAAAAGGAUUCGUUUUUGGCCGCAGUGCAUUGCCGACAUGUUUGAAUUGCGGCGUUUUAGCUUCGCUCGAAGCUAUACAGGCUAGUUCGAUAAGCCAGCCCAGCCCGGCCGCUAUCGAUUCUCAGUCAAAAGAGACGGUGUGUCCGCGAUGUACAUUUUCAAACCACCCGUCAUUGGUGGAGUGUGAAAUGUGUGGGUUCUUGUUGAAAGCAAAAACGGAAACAAAAGUAUCGCUGGGUGAAACCGUGAAACUCAGUUUCCGAAGUGGAGGGAGUAGACAGUUCUAUGGUAAACUCGGAGAGGUUCUCGAGGAGUCUAAAGAGACGAUUGCACAAACAAGUAAAACAAGCACACCAGUACUGGAUACUGACACAAUGGCUAUCAAGUUUGGAAUCCAUUCAAUCGAAGAAGCGGCCAACUCAAAGCACGUAAAGGGGGAUGCAGUCAUGGUCGAGGCAUUUGCAGACCUGAGAGCACUCAUGUCUCGUGCUGAAGAAGUUAUAAAGCUAGUCGAAGCCUAUGGUAACAGCGAUCUCGCAAUAUCGCUUGGUAUUGGAACCAGCAUCUCUCGGGAGACCGCGAGCGGAAAGAAGACAUUUUACCAUCAGCUUGCUCGAGAAUUGACAGACUUUUUUGAUUCGUCUAAAAUUCUUUCAAAAGAGGGCGGUGCAAUGACACUCCAUGAUGUAUAUGCUGUUUAUAACCGAUCUCGCGGGAUUGAGCUGGUGUCACCGCACGAUCUAAGGACGGCGGUAGAGCUGGCUGACGAUCUGGGCCUUCCCAUUCGACUGCGAAAGCUACACAGCGGGGUGUUCAUUGUUGAGGAGAAGCUAUACAUUCCAACCCACGAACGCCUUGUCCAGUGGAUGUCACGUCUGGAACCGUGGCAAGCCGACACUGGUGUGUCGGCCCAGGAUGUGAGCAAUCAUUUUGGAUGGAGUAUUUAUAUUGCUACAGAGGAGCUGGAAAGUGCUGAUUUGAAAGGCCACCUAUGCCGGGACGAGCAGCCCCAAGCAGUGCGGUAUUUUGUAAACCAAAUCUGUGUGCCGGUCUAG